GGGCUGAGAGGGACGGAGCAGCCCCGGGGCAGAGGCGCGGCCAGGAAGAGGGCGAAGGGGACGAGCGAAGGGCCUUCCUUGGAAACUCACAUUUUACUGGGGGUCAUAUUUGCUGGCAACAUAAUCAGGAGCUAUGACUUCUGCCCCAGGUGGUGAUAAAGUUCAGGCCUCUUCGGUAGGACAAAAGAACCAGAGCCCACUCCCUUGUCCAAUUUCAAAUCUUAAUUCUGAAGAAUUGGUAGAGAUUCGUCGUCAAUGUAAAGAGGAAAGCUUCUGGUACAGAGCUCUUCCUCUGUCACUGGGAGGUAUGCUGAUCACUCAAGGAUUACUUGCCAAUGGUGUUCUCAAACCAAGCCCUAAAUUCGGAUCACUCCCUAAAAUAGCAAUUGCUGCUGCCCUGGGCUAUGGUAUUGGGACAAUGUCAUACAUAAGAACCUGUCAGAAGAAGUUUGAAAGCGCUGGUCUUAAACCAUUUGGUCCCGGAUGGAAAAGGCACUGUCCUCAUGUCUGCAAGGAAUGCAAAGCUAAGUUUGAAUCAAACACAUCAGAAAAACCAGAGGCUUCUGCUUCUUAAAACAGAUAAUGUGGAAGAAAGCAUUUUGUAAGGGUACCUGUUCUACACAACAACUGCAAUUCUGAAAAACCUGCUUUCAUUCAAAACCCUUUGUAUGUUU